GCGAGACCGAGCCAAGCCCUGGAGGGGCCGGCUGGCGAGGACCGGUGCUGGUCCGGUGCUGGUCGCGGUGCUGGUCCCGGUGCCGGUCGCGGUGCUGGGGUUAUUCCAGCCGGGCGGGGGUUGGGGCCCCUUGGCAGAGCCUAAAAAAAAUCCAUUUUCCCCCCCCCCCCCCUUCUCGGUGCUGUCGGGGGCAUCGCUCGAGCCGCCUCCUUGCCCCGAAGCGAGCGGGGGCUGUUGCUCCCGAGGGGUCUUCGGUGCUUCGCUGGGGGCAGCGAGCGGCGCCGGAUGCCCGGGAAGAGCCGCCUUCGAGGACAGGGAUGCAGGAGAAACGCGAGGCGAUGCCGGCGCCCGGUGAGGAGAGGACACGCAAGAAGGAAAGGGGAAAUACUCAGAGAAAGGACCAGAAGCAGAUGGACCCAGACAGGCAGGUGUUGCGGGGAGAUGCAGACGAUGAUGGGUCAAUGCAGGACGAUGCCUGCAAGAAUCCGAGAUGGGGAGAACCCGCUUGCCAAGGAGAAGGUCCGGACGGUCUUAGCGAAACGGAGGCUCAGCCCCAGGUUUGCUCCCAGAAGAAAGUGUACAGCUGCGCCGAAUGCGGGCGGACCUUCAACUGGAGGAACAACCUGACCCGGCACCAGCGACUGCACACGGGCGAGCGGCCCUACAAGUGCCCCGAUUGCGGGAAGGGCUUCAACGACAGCUCCAACCUCCUCUCCCACCAGAGGAUCCACCGGGGAGAGAAGCCCUACAAGUGCCUGGAGUGCGGGGAGAGCUUCAGCCAGAGCGCCUACCUCAUCUCCCACCAAGGCACCCACACCGACGAGCGACCCUACCCGUGUCCCGACUGCGGGAAGCGCUUUGCCCGGCGGCCCAACCUCAUCAUGCACCAGCGGAUCCACACUGGCGAGCGACCCUACGCGUGCCGGGACUGCGGGAAGAGCUUCCGUAAGAGCUCCGACCUCGUGAGGCACGAGAGGGUCCACACGGGCGAGAGGCCCUAUAAAUGCCCCGUCUGCGGGAAGGGUUUCAGCGUGAGCUCCCGAUGUAUCGUGCAUCAGAGAGUCCACGGAGGGCAGGAGGCCGAGCAGCCGAGACCUGCGGCCCGGGAUGUCCUGCAGGGCAGCUCUGAGACCACGGCCUUGCUGGGUGAUGGUGACCACCAGGAGGAGAAUUACCACCAAGGAGAACCAAACGGACCAGGCUUGAGGAGGGAAAAAGCAAACGUUUGCCAGGAUCCUGAGCAGGAUGAAGUCCUAAAAAAGCGACCAAGGAAGGAGACUUGCCCUGGGCAGGGGGAAUUGCAUCCCCGUGAUGAUAGCUUAAAGGAUCACAAGGAGACCACGGUCCAGGUGGGGAUCUGUAGUAAAGAGAGAGUGUACGAAUGUGCUGAGUGCAGGAAAACCUUCCACUGGAGGAACAGCAUGAUCCGACACCAGCGGCUGCACACCGGGGAGAGGCCCUACAAGUGUCCUGAGUGUGGAAAGAGCUUCAACGACAGCUCCAACCUCAUCUCCCACCAGAGGAUCCACCGGUCGGAGAGGCCCUAUAAGUGCUUUGACUGUGGGAAAAGUUUCAACCAAAGCACAGCGCUCAUAAGACACCGGAGACUGCACACGGGCGAGAAGCCGUAUCUCUGCUCAGACUGCGGGAAAAACUUCACUCGGAGACCAAACCUUGUUAUUCAUCGGCGAAUCCACACCGGAGAGAGACCCUAUAACUGCCAGGACUGUGGAAAAAGCUUCCGUAACAGCUCAGACCUUGUGAGACACCAGCGGAUCCACACUGGGGAGAGACCUUAUAAAUGUCCCGACUGCGGGAAGGGCUUCACCGUGAGCUCGAAAUGCAUCGCCCACCAGAGAACCCACACGGGAGAGACUCCCUACAAGUGCUCCGUGUGUGGGAAGAGCUACAAGGCCAAGUGCGGGAAAAGCUUCAGCCGCGGCUCGUCCCUCAAUCGGCACCAGAGGGUCCACGUGGGGGAAAAACCCUUCACGUGUUCUACCUGCGGGAAAAGCUUUGCGUGUGACUCCACCCUUAAAAGCCACCAGAAAACCCACUCUCACGAGAAACCCUACAAAUGCCUCAGUUGUGAGAAAAGCUUCGCGUCCACCAAGUCUCUCAAAAAGCAUUGCAAGGUCCACCUGGAGAACGGGGCCUACCAGUGCUCCGAGUGUGGGAAAACCCUCACCUCCAAUUCAGCUCUUAUUGUCCACCGGAGGAUACAUACAGGGGAGAGGCCCUAUAGUUGCCCUGAGUGUGGGAAAAAAUUCACUUCAAACUCGACCCUCAUCAUCCACAGGCGAAUACACACCGGGGAGAGACCCUACCAGUGCCCCGACUGCGGGAAAAGCUUCAUGGCCAACAAGUCGCUCAGCAAGCACCGGAAGAGUCAUAUGGAGGAGGAAACCUAUAAAUGUUCUCAGUGCGGGGAGAUUUUCACAAAGAACUCGGCCUUCGUGGCCCACCUCAGGACCCACAGAGGGGAGCCCCCCUACCCCUGCCUCGACUGCCAGGAGGCCUUCUUCGACAGCUCGUCUUUUAACAAACACCGGAAAAAGCACUUGGUAGAGAAACCCUAUCAGUGCCCGGAGUGCGGAAUAGGCUUCACCGUUCACUCUGCCCUCAUCCUUCACCAGAAGAGCCACGUGGGACCCAGGCCCCACGUGUGUCCUGACUGCGGGAGAGCCUUCCGGGAGAACACGACUCUCCGGAGACACCAGCGGAUCCACACGGGCGAGAAGCCCUAUCAGUGCUCUUACUGUGAGAAAAGCUUUCGGGCUAGCUCCACCCUCAUCAUCCAUCGGAGAAUCCACACCGGAGAGAAACCCUACAAAUGCACCAAAUGCACAAAGUGCUUCACGUCCAGCUCUUCCCUCAUGAAGCACCGGCGGACUCACGCAGGAGAGAAACCGUUUAAGUGCCUUGAAUGUGGGAAAAGCUUCAUGCGGAGCUCUGACCUCGUCGUGCACCAGAGGACCCACACCGGGGAGAAGCCCUACCAGUGCUCCGAGUGCGGGAAGUGCUUCAACCGGAGCUCCAGCCUCGUGACGCACCAGAGGGUGCACACGGGCGAGAAGAUGUACGAGUGCCCCGAGUGCGGGAAAAGCUUCACGCGGAGCUCGACGCUGACGGCCCACCGGAGGACCCACACGGGAGAAAAGCCCUACCGGUGCUCCGAGUGUGGGAAGUGCUUCAGUAAAAGAUCAAACCUUAUAAAACACCAGAGGCAACACACUGGAGAGAGACCGUAUAAAUGCCCAGACUGUGGGAAAAGCUUCAUACAGAGCUCAGACCUCGUUGUCCAUCAGAGAACGCACACGGGGGAAAAGCCCUACCAGUGCUCCCAGUGCGGGAAGUGCUUCAGCGUGCGAUCCAAGCUGAUCCAGCACCAGCGGGUGCACACGGGCGAGAAGCCUUAUACCUGCUCCGAGUGCGGGAAAAGCUUUGGGCAGAGCUCACACCUUUCUGUACACCAGAAAACUCACAGGGGAGACAGAUCGUACGUGUGCAACGAGUGCGGGAGAAGUUUUGGCCAGAGCUCGAACCUGAUCGUGCAUCAGCGAAUCCACACGGGAGAGAAACCUUAUAAAUGUCACGAAUGCGGAAAAUGCUUUAGGCAGAGCUCCAAUCUGAUCGUGCACCAGAAAACUCACACGGGGGAAAAGCUCUACGAGUGCUCCAAGUGCCAGAAGUGCUUCCAAGACAGGUCGCUGCUCACGCGGCACAAGCGAGUUCACAUAGGAGAGAAACCUUUUAAAUGCCAACAGUGCGGGAAGAGCUUCAUUCACAAAUCAAGACUUCUGGUCCACGAGAAGGUACACGUAGGAGAACAAAUCUGCCAGUGUCCUGAGUGUGGGAAAUGCUUCCGGGAAAAAUCAAAGUUCCUUCAGCAUCAGAGACGACACAUGGGAGAGAGGCGAUACAAGUGCUACGAGUGCGGGGAGGAGUUCGGCCAGAGCUCGGACCUCAACGUCCACCAGCGGAUCCACGUGGAGGAGAAGCUCUACCAGUGCUCCACGUGCGAGAAGUGCUUCAAGGACAGGUCAACCCUCAUCAGACACGAGACAGUGCACACGGGGGAGAAACCUUAUAAAUGCCACGAAUGCGGGAAGAGGUUCACCCGGAGCUCGGACAUUAUCGUGCACCAGCGAACGCACACGGGGGAGAAACCCUUCGAGUGCUCCGAGUGCGGGAAGAGCUUCAGCCACAGAUCCAAUCUUUUCCGGCACCAGAGGAUGCACACGGGGGAGAAGCCGUACAAGUGCGAAGAGUGCGGGAAGCGAUUUGGGCAGAGCUCAGAGCUCAUCGUCCACCAGCGAACGCACACGGGCGAGAAGCCCUACCAUUGCUCCGAGUGCGAGAAGUUCUUCCGGGGGAGAUCGACGCUGUUCAGGCACGAGCGGCUGCACACGGGCGUUAAACCGUACGAAUGCACCGAGUGCGGGAAAAGCUUCGGGCAGAGCGGGGACCUCAUCGCGCACCAGCGCUUCCACACCGGAGAAAAGCCCUACCAGUGCGCCGAGUGCCGGAAAUUCUUCAGUAACAGGUCAAGCCUCGUUCGGCAUCAGAGGCUGCACGCGGGGGAGAAGCCCUACAAGUGCCACGAGUGCGGGAAGAGCUUCGGCCAGAGCUCGGACCUCAUCGCCCACCAGCGAACGCACACGGGCGAGAAGCCCUACCCGUGCCCGGUCUGCGGGAAGAGUUUCAGCAGGAGAUCGAACCUCGUCGUGCACCAGCGAGUGCACAGAGGGGACAGACCCUGCAAAUGCCCAAAGUGUGGGAAAAGCUUCCAGGCGGACUCGAAUCUCGCCGUGAAGCGGCGCGCGCCGCCGGAAGAGAACGCUCGGCAGUGCCCUGAAUGUGCAAAGCGUUUCGAGGCGGGAUCGAGCCUCGUUGAGCAUCAGCGAUAACGCGGGCGAGAGGAGCCCUGCGAGCGCCCCGCAAGCGGGAAGUUCUGGCUGGAGAUGAGAAAUCGGAUACGAAAGCGAGAAAAAUCAGUGCUUCUCCUAGGGAAAAGCCUUCCGCUUUGAAGGGUUGCAGACUGCAAAGGCAGGAAAGACCAAACACGCGAAUGACCUGAAGUAGGCUGAUCAGAGUAAAUACUAUAAUUUGGGGGGCUAAUUGUUUCCCCUUACUGUUGCGUUCGCUCAAAGGGCUUCACGUGCUCUGUGUCGGUCCAUGACUUGCCCAUUCCCGCCCCGCCGGUGAAAUCACCUGCUUCCUGGGGUAAAGGCUGGCUGUCAUUCCCUCCUCUGCCUUUUAAACCCUUCCUUAAAUCCUUUGAUAUUCUCCAGGCUGAGUCAUCUGCCCAGGGCACCAUCGGUACCCCAAGACACUGUAGAAAUCCGUCUUCCCUUGCACAUCCUUCCCUCCCCCAAUGUGUAUCCAACUGCAAUAAAAAAGGCCCUUUAUUCCUAA